CAUCAUGUCUGCCCCCAUGUAGUUGAAAUCAUGACUGUCUGAGAGUUCAUGAAUAGGCCUGUCUGUCCAUACUUCAAAUUAAACACCUGAAAUUAAUUUGCACUUGUGAUUUGCAAAAGGCCACAAUGGGUAUUUUAGAGAAAAUUUCAGAGGUGGAGAAGGAAAUAGCCAGGACACAGAAAAAUAAAGCCACAGAAUACCAUUUAGGAUUACUGAAGGCAAAACUUGCCAGAUAUAGGCAGCAAUUGCUAGAAGGAGCACAAGGGCCAAAGGGAGGAAAGGGCGAAGGUUUCGAUGUUAUGAAAUCGGGUGAUGCCCGAGUCGCAUUGAUAGGCUUUCCUUCUGUAGGCAAAUCGACGCUGCUGGGGACGGUGACGAAGACGGAGAGUGAGACGGCGUCGUAUGAGUUUACAACGCUCACCUGUAUACCCGGCGUCAUUGAGUACAAAGGUGCGAACGUCCAGCUGCUCGACUUGCCCGGCAUCAUCGAGGGGGCAUCGCAGGGCAAAGGUCGCGGCAGACAGGUCAUCGCCGUGGCGCGCACGGCUGACCUUGUCAUCAUCAUGUGUGACGCGACGAAGCGCGAAGCUCAGAGGAGGCUAUUGGAGGUGGAAUUGGAAUCCGUCGGAAUUCGUCUCAAUAAAAUGAAACCUAACAUCUACUUCAAGCCGAAGAAGGGCGGCGGCAUUCACUUCACGGCGAUGUGCGCGCUCACGCAUGUGGACGAGAAGCUCUGCCAGAUGAUCCUGCACGAGUACAAAAUCUUUAAUGCCGAGGUUCUAUUCAGGGAAGAUUGCACUGCUGAUGAACUGAUCGACGUCAUAGUUGGCAGCCGGGUCUAUCUGCCAUGUCUCUACGUAUACAAUAAAAUUGACCAAAUUGCCAUAGAAGAAGUGGACAGGUUGGCACGGCAACCACACAGCGUAGUAGUCAGUUGUAACAUGAAGUUGAAUUUGGACAACCUGCUAGAGUGCAUGUGGGAGCACCUGGCGCUGAUCCAAGUCUAUACGAAAAAACGCGGAUGUCCACCGGACUUUGAAGACGGAUUGAUUCUUCGAAGUAAUUGCACCGUCGAGCACGUGUGCCAUGCCAUCCACCGAACCUUGGUCUCCCACUUUAAAUAUGCACUUGUGUGGGGAACUAGUACAAAGUACAGUCCACAGCGAGUUGGCUUGCAGCAUAUCAUGAACCACGAAGACGUCAUACAGGUCGUGAAAAAGUAACGUGACGUCGCGGCGUUUGCGUCGGGGAAACGGAGACAGAAAUCAUCUGCGUUGGAACGAGGCCACGAGGGUUUCGGGUGGAAUGUGAGGAAAUGCUGCCUAUUCGUUUUUAAUGGGGACAACUCAAAUCUGUUCUAAGCAUCACAAGCAUGUCGUCACUUAGACUGUGAAAAUGUAUAGCUGUGUCAUUAAUAUUUAUGUAUAUAUACAUAUAUAUAUAUGUAUAUAUAUAUAUACA